GAGCCCAUAAAUGAAAAUAAACAGAGAGCACAUGGAUGACUUGUUACACAGACAGCAGUGCAGCAUGGGAGGGUGCCUUAGCUCUGAGACUGAAGGUCUUUCCUUCCACCCUUACACCAAGGGAUGCCAUAUCACUCUGAACAGCUGCUUGCACCAAGCAGAACGCCAGCAAAGUUUCCACCAUGGCAUUAUCUUCUCCAACCGGCCCCUGCUCUCCAAAGAAAAGCUGUGGAUAAGGGUGCUGAAGGAAGAGGAGCGCUGGCACGGGGCACUGCGAAUUGGAUACACCUCUGUGGAUCCCAGCACACUGGAACCCUGCUGUCUGCCACCGUUUGUGUGUCCUGACCUGACAAAUCUCCCUAGAUUCUGGGGGGUUGGAAUACCCGAGGAGCUGUGUCAGGCAGGGGCACUUAUAAAAUUCUGGUUCAGCAAGAAUGGAAAAGUGUUCUGUCAGCGAGAGGGGGAACCUUGUGCAAGAGUCCUGUUCUCAGGGAUCCCCAAGAAUACAAAGCUAUGGGCCAUGCUGGAUGUCUACGGGAAGACCAAAGCUAUUCAAGUUAUGGGGGGUCCCAGUCAGAAGAAUCCGACACCUCCGUGCCAGUGCCAGUGCCAGAGUCAGAUAAACAAAGAUCCCCAACCCUUGGGAAGUGGGCACAGCCUGGAAGAGAUUGCAGAGCAGACUGCCAUACCCACUGCCAACCUGAAUAGCUGCAAUGACACCACCACUUGGCAUUCACAGAAGAAUUUCCACAUAUUCUUGGAGGACGAUCCCAGCUGUGUGAUCUGCCAGGAUAGGAAGGCCAAUACCUUGCUGCUGCCCUGUGGGCAUUGCACUUUCUGCCAAAGCUGCGUUGAGAAAUUACAGGGACAUAGCCAAAGUUGCCCUCUAUGUCGCCAAAGAAUUCACAGUGCCCAGUAUAUUGGGUGUGGGAAUUCUAUCCCUAACCCAAUAACCUGACACUUAGAUGGUGCUAAGAAUUGAUGCAGCUAUUUAAUGCAGCUGCACAAUAUGCAUUAUUUGCAAUAUGAGGGCACUUAAGCCAAGUACCCAGAAUGGCCAACUGGGCCAGAAUGGAAGCUUGUUGGAUAAACUGGUUCUGCUGUACAUUGUGACACUGAACUAGAAAUGGACGAGUAAGGAAUGUAUCACAGUCAUGAUAGAAGUUGUUCUGAAAGAGUCCAAUUGGGUAACAAAUACCACAAUUACAGUGUAAUAAUUGCAAAGUUCGUUAAUGUAAUUGGAACAGAGCCCAAACACUCCGGGAAACCUGUCUAUCAUAUAUCUGAGCCCCAGCAGCAGGGCCACUAGCUGGACAUCUUUGCAUUAUACUUACAUGUAAAAUAUACUGAGUGUGAUAAAACUGGAUUAUAACAGUGAUUAUAUAGGACUGCAGGGUUCCAGGUUGGAACUGGUUAAUCAAGACCUGUAGUUCAGAUACUGAUGAAAUGCAACUCCCAGCACCCACUGUCAGACAUACUAAUACAGUAUAUUCAAUAGCAAACUUAAUGUGCAUUGCUGUAUAUUAUCAUUAUCAUACAGCAUCCAAAGCAAGUAGUAUUCCUUCAAGGGCACUACAUGCAAAAUUCUAUGUGUAAUAUUAAAUCAUGUACUCAUAAAAUACAAUAUUAUACUAUUACAUGUUUAGGAUAUACAGAAAAUUUCUCAUUGGCACACUGUACAAUAUACCCCUUGUACUUUUAUCUACCCUUUGGGGCCCUCCAACACUUAGGGCUCAGGGUAAAUGCACUUUCUGGCUUAGCCUAACUCCGCCUCUUCUCUGCCUUCCCCUUUAAAAAAAACUUUUAAACACUAAUUAUUUGGGGGGGGGGGGAUAUAUAUAUUAAAAAGAUAAAUACAAUGGGGAUAAAAUGGCAGUAAUAGGGUGGAGAGACAGGACAAAUCACGCUUGAUGCCCUCAAUCUACAAAAUGUGGAAAAUCAAGAUUCUGCAAUGUCAUGUGACACAAUAGUGAACUAUGGGAGAGCACUGGAAAUGUAUUAAUUGUACAAAUACGCUGCAUUCCUUUGGGUUUGAUCACCCACCAAAUGUUUACACCUCUGUCUCUGUAUAAUGGGAAUAUUACAGAUAUCCACCAGAUAUCAAGGGAUUGAGUUAAUGUGAUAUUUUAUAUAAUAUAUUUAUAUUUGUAUGCUGUAAUAAUGUGAAUUUCUGAUUAAUAAAGUUUCGUAUUUUAUUAAAGA